AUGAUCAAAAUAAAGAAGGAACAGCAACUACAACAACAACAACCUCAAUCACCACAACAACCUCAACUAGACCUAAACAAUUGGGUGAGCAUUGAUACAAGUUCGACCGUAUUUGAUUUUUCAUCAGCGUCGUCUCAUCCAUACUCUUCUUCCUUUUCCUCGUUUAGCAACAACAACAACAACAACAACAACUUCUUAUCUUCAUCUUUUUCGUCAUCGUCAAAGAGAAGUUAUCUUACGACUAGUUCGCGCAACCUCUUGACCACGUCAGUGUCUGAUUUUCUCGUCAAAUCGCAAGACACCACAAGCACUACAAGUACCACGAGCACCGUAUCGACUGCUUCCAUCAUGAACGGCAACAACCAACACAACGGCUCGGGCAUUGGCGGCAGCAGCAGCCACAUCCCGCUCUCGUCGACCAUCAACUUUAACGAGUCGUUGCUCGGCGACUUUGGCCUCGGCGACUCUGUCAUCAAAGACAUGAAGAACCAGCAACAAGACACCUUUAAGCUGAUCGACUUUGCCCUCUCUGCAUCGACCGCUGCCAACAUCCCCUGGAACCAAGAAAACGAGACUGAGCUGCUCGGCAUUGACAGCAACUUUAACCUCAACACCAGUAUUGGUGGUUUGAUCAAUCAACAAAACAUCAACCAUCAUAUGCAACAACAACAACAACAAAACCAACAAAACCAAACUGUUGCCAACAACAACAACAACAACAAUGGUAACAACUAUGGCAAUGGUUUUACGGGCUUGGGCAUUUCACAGCAAUUGUUGACACUUCAACAACAACAACAACAACAAUUGCAACAAUUAAAUGCAUUGACAAACCAACAAAACUCGUUCCCAGGUGGUAACAACAACAACCAAGGCAAUCAAGGCAACUUCCUCCAAAAGUCAAAUAAUAUUCAAUUGUUUAACAAUUUCAAUGACUUUAACAAUCAUAGUAAUAAUACAAGUAAUAUGGCUCAAGUACCACAAUCUCCUCAAAUCAAUCAUCAAAAUCAAAAUAAUAAUAAUAUUAACCAAAACAAUAAUAUGAAUAAUGUAAAUAUAAACAACACUAAUAAUAAUAAUAACAAUGGUUUGGUUAAUAAUAAUAAUAAUACGGUAUAUACUUCACAAGUUCCACAUUCACCACAAUUACCAUUUGGAAAUCUUGAACCAUUCCCAACUCAACCUCAACAACAGCAACAACAACAAUCACCACAACAACAACCACAACAACAACAAGUUAAUGGAUCACCAUUUACAUUACCACCAAUGAAUACUGCAUCACCAUCUUCAUCUGAACCAUCUACACCACAAUAUGAGCCAACCAAUAUCCAAUCUCUUACCAGCGCCAUGGCACUUCGUAUAUCAUCUCAAGCCAUCCAACAACUUCAACUUCAACAACAACAAUUGCAACAACAACUUCAACAACAUCAAAUGCAACUCUUACAACAUCAUCAAUUGGGUAGCAGUCCAAUUCAACAACAACAACAACAACAAAUUCAACAACAACAACCAACAAUUAAUAAUAAUAAUAAUAUGAAUAAUAAUAUCAACAUAAACUCUAAUCAAAAUAAUAAUAAUACUGUAUCAUUAACACCACAUUUAGAGAUUGUUGAUAGUUACCAACAACCAUUCCCAAUCUAUACAGUAAAGACUCAUGUAUUGGUUCCAGCUCCAGUGAUCAAGGUUUCAAACUAUGCCGGUGACCCCAAUGAUCUGAUGAUUGUUGCCAACCCAGAGCCAGAUGACAGUAUCAUCAUUUCGCAACCAGCUGUUACUAGUGCCGACGGUACCUUUGAAUUCAAGUUUACCGAUAUGCACGUCGAUCGUAAAAAGCAUGACCCAUGUUCCAACUUCCGUCUCAAGUUCUCGUUGCUCAACCGUCGUUCCUUCCAAAAGUUUACCGAUAUCAUUUCGCCAUCGAUCAACCUCUUUUACCACACUGAUCUCUUGCCAGCCCCCGAUAUUGUUAGAUUAGUUCCAAAUCAAUGCUACUGUGGUCAAGAGCCAGAUAUCACUUGUUAUGGAUACUACUUUAAGAAGGGUAGAACCGAGAUCCUCUACGUUGACUUUGAACCCGAACAAGUUACCCUCGAUCAUCAACCACACACUGUCAAGCAAGAACAACUCAGAAUGCCAAAUCAAACUUCAUUCUCUUUUGUCUUUACUCCACCAAAUCGUUCAACCUCUGGUAGUUACAGUGUCUCUACUCGUUACACCAAGACAACAACCAAAAAGGAUAAAGAUAAAAAUAAGAAAUCAAAGGUUGGAAAACCUCAUAUUUUUAUUUAUAAUGAAUUACCUGAAUCAUCAGCAACCAAGAGAAUCAAAAGAGAGAUUGAUCCAAAUGGAGGUGGUAUGGGUCCAAGAGGAGAUCAUAAUGUUGAGGAGCAGAGUGAUGGCCUUAGUCCAAUGUUGGGUGUACCAAGCCCACAUACUCCACCACCAUCAUCUUCACCAUUCAAUAAUUACAAUUAUAUGAAGUGUGUAGUUCACGGUGAAGUCGAUGACUUGGAAUUGUUGCUCGAGUCUGGUCCAGAGAUCAACCUCAUUGUAGACAAUAUGGGUAAUACUUUGGUCAUGAUUGCCGCUCGUGAGGGUAGAGACGAUAUGUUUGACAUGUUAAUCUCUAGACCAAACAUUGACUUGUCCAUCAAGAACAAGACUGGUCACAAUGUUUUCCAUAUGGCUUGUUUCUCUGGUAAAGUUGAUUUAGUAGAAGCUCUUAUUGAAAAAGUUGACAUUCUUGAAAAAGAUAAUGUUGGAGCUACUGGAUUACAUAUUGCAACUGAAAGAGGACAUUAUAGAUUAGUUAAAUAUCUUUGUGAUAAUGUUGAAGUGUUGGUAGACCAAAAGGACAAUAGAGGUUUGAAUGCACUCCACUAUGCUACGAUGGACGGUAACCAACGUAUUGUCGCCGUGUUGAUUGACUAUUACUUGUUUGUUGCUGAACACGCCAUUGACACUCAAGACUUUUCAGGCAUGUCUGCUCUCCACUGGGCUGCUGCCUUGGGUCGUCACUCGAUUGCCCAAAUGUUGAUCGAUGCCGGUGCCAACCCCAACCUCUUGGACGGUGAUGGAGAGUCGCCAGUGUUCAAGUCGAUCAACACCCACAACAAGGAAGUCACCAAGUUGUUGUUGGAAUCCAACUGCGACACCUUUAUCCUCAACAAUCACAACAAGACUCCAGUCGAAUUGUUGGCCGAACAAAGUAUCAGCGAACAACAAGAGAUUGACCUUGAAGUCGAGGAGAUUGAAGAAGAAGAGAAAGAAAAUAUUCUUGCUGAAACCACCUGUGACUUGGCCGAAUCACUUUCGACCACCACCACCUCUACCACUUCGACCUCGACCACCUCUACAUUGUCACCACCACAACUACAACAACCAAAUCAACAAGCCAAGUUGUCACUCGGACAACAAACUAGAGCCGAAUUGGCUGAUCAACUCAUCCAACAAUUGGCCAAGUUGAAUUUACAACAAACCAAAAAUUCUAUCACUCCAGGUGAGCCAACUGCCUCCUCCUCAUCAUACACUAAACGUGAUGAGACUGUACUUGAAAACUUCAAACCAACUCCAGGAGGUGACUUGUUGAUGAACCCACUCAACUGGACAAGCCGUGAUAUUACCGUCAACCGAUUUGAAAUGGUGAUUUCAGAGAUUGAAAAGAAUCUUGUUGGCAACUCUACUGGUAGCACUGAAGACCAAGGCAAGAGCAAGAAGCUGACCCAUCUACUCCAACAAUCCUUCUCGGACAAGUUUGCUGACUGGAUGGCCUGCGAGGAAGAGUUACUCUCUACCAAGCGCGAGUUGAUGAACCUCGAAAACGAACUCAAUGUCAAGGCACACGAGAUCAUCAGAUUGACCGACUUUAUCGGAACAUGCCCUGUAUCGUUGGCCGACCUGCCCACUGGCACCAAGACCCUCGGUCUCUUUGUCCUACGUAGAGAGAGAUACUAUGGAUUCCACCUCAACGAGACCCUGGUCAUUGCCAGCAACGAUUCAAUGUCUGCCCUCCAAAAGAUCUAUGGCAAUGGUAACCUCCCAGAAUGUAUCCUUGCCAACGUUGUAUAUUCAGUCAAAACCAAGUCAACCAAACCUUCACCACUUAUGCCAACUCCCACAGAAUUUUUCAUUGUAGAUAUUGAGGUACAUAAACAAGCAACUGCAUCAGAGUAA